CAGAAACUUAACAGACUAAAUCUUUUACAGUCGUCCUUAAUAGCAAAAGACAAAGUUUAAAAUAAGUUAACAAAAAUGAAAACAGCUCUUAUUGUUGUCAUAUAGCAACAAUAUUUAUUUAAAAUCCUUAUGUGAUGUUUAUGAAUCUAUUAGCUAUGAUCAGAAAGACGGAGAUGUGCAGGACUUGGAAUGAACAUGUUUAUGUUUGAUUCAGCUGAGAUUGAGGAAGCAUUCUUUGAAAAUACUGAGGACAUUAUGAGAGCUCACGUGGGAGUUUGGUGGAUUAAUGGAUUAAGAAAUCCAAAAACCAAUGACUGUUCACUUUAUCAUGCUAAUAGGAUGCUCAAAGGACCACUUUAUGAUGAGUUUGAAUUUAUAAGAUUAAAUGGUCUUAAUGGUAUAUCCAGCGGUGAUUGUCUACGGCUCUCGGCUCAUUUUGGUACACAUCAAGGGUUAGAAUUUGAUUGUAAUGCUAAAAAUGCUGUUUUCUGUGAAUAUAAUAAAAAUCAUUGA